AUGGACACUGCUCAACAACCCAUUACGCUGGACAACCUCGGGGUCUGGCAAAACCUCUCGUUGUGGACUGCUGACCGCCUUCAAUACGCCGUUAACGUCACUAAGCUCGCUCCUUCCCUCGAAGACCUGGUAUGGGCUGGCCCGAGAAUGAUCCGAAAGCUCACGGCCCAUCUACAUCUCCCCUUCCCCGAUUCACUUGAAGCUCUUGGUCAGAGAGUCAUACCCGAAGCGACUGGCCCUGGCAUCAUGCGUACUACCGACGCUGUCACGAUUGCCGCCUUAAGCAUGGACAUCCCACCUCCAAUAGGCAUUCCUCAUGGGCCAGGGCCUGGUGUUUUGACCGAUCCCGAUACCGCUGCUGCCUCCCCAAACUUCUCCAUGGAGGGCGCAAAAGGCCUUGGCAGUGUCUUUAGCUAUGCUACUAGCAAAUGGGCGCUCUGCUGUAUUGCCAUGGCCAUUGUCCUCAACCGUACCCAUAUAUUUGCCGCCACACGGCGACGCUUGCGCCUGACCUUACCCGUUCGACUUCUGCUCCGUGGUCUCCCAGUCCUCCUCUUCCUGGUUCAAGCCCGAGGGAUCUUGCGCUCGAUCCAGUGCCAGACCUCUCCAGAUUUCUCCGAACUGCGAUGGGGAAACACAAGUAAGAGUUCUGAACUGAUGUUCUCUCAAGCUGGAGGCUUCCUUCAUACCAUGAGCUCUGCACUCUUGCUAGGGGCUUCAGACGAAGUAUCAUGCACGGCGGUGGGCAUGGUGCCGGUAAACAUUGAUGAUACGUCACAGGACCUGCGGGGCUCGCUGUCUCUGUUAUGGCCGCUCUUUGGGACUUUUUGUCUGAGCCAGUUCCUAGAGACGGUCUCCUGCGCCGUUCAGGGCCGCCCUGUAGCAGCGGAAACGGGUAUGACACUAUUCGAACACUCUCUUGCUUUUGCCGAAGCCGAUGCCGCUAUCAGCAACCAACUUGGCUGGGGCUUGUUUACUCAGUCACAAGCAGCAGAAGCAGCGUCAAGCGCCGGCGGCACCAUUGCCAUCAGUCGUUCCAUGAUUCUGAGAAGGGUAAACACUUCGCCUGAGGUUUUACUCGUCGCUUUUCUUUCGACCAUGAGUCACAUUACCAGCCAUGUCCUGGGCAUUUUCAAUCUUCAGGCUAAAUUUCGGCUCGUCAGUACUGGUUUCUGGGGCCUCUGCUUCAUGGCGAGCAUUCUCUGGAGUGCCUUUACUUUCUCUCUGGACGAUCCAGCGAGGCAAGGUCUACUCAGGUUUCCUACGGUUUGCAUCAUCGGCUUCAUCCCCCAUGUUCUUGUUCUUGGGGGGAUUAUCGUCUGCCUGAUCAUAUACCUACUUGCUCUUGGUCUCGCCGCUCUCGGACAAACAGGCCAGAGACUCACUCUUCGAGAACGAUUAGCCCAAGCCCACGGAAACAUGCAGGCCAACCUUUCAGUCUCUGACAUCCGCGUCAGCAUGGAAAUGGACUUUUACACAGCCUUGCUACGAACUGGCUUCGGCGCUAUUACCAUGGCAAGCGAAGCCGUUUACCUGAACGAAGACAGAGACGUUAUUAUGCGGCCCCAUACGUGGCUCGAGGAGGAACGGUAUCAAGAACUCGAGGAACUGCGGACGCAAUGGAUCGCAGCUGGCGCCACCGACUCCCAUUACGACACGAUAGGAACCAUCGGCCUAGUGCCAGUGAAAGAAGAUCACAUGUUGACUACCAACGGUUAUGUUCGCGAACGAGCAGCGCAGAAGGUGCCCAAGUCCCGGUCAGGGGAGCGACGCCUGAGGGAUGGUGUCGGCGCUGCGGAAAGAAGCGGCAGAUGGCUAAUGGCGUUGGAUUUCCUCAUGAACAUCAACAGGCUGAUAUUCCGGACCUGGGCCACAGCCAUGCUGAAAAUCUUGUCCAAGAUCGGCAUCCGCCAUCCAAAGUUCCUGCUUUGGGUUAUUCGUCGACCAAAACUGACCAAUGACACGAAGAGUACGAAUACUGGAGGCCGUGACCACCCUCCUGCAGACUCUGUCGAGGCGUCCCUCAACAUACCCAGGAUCGAUGGUGUUGACGUCGAGUCCGAGUUCAGACAACAAGCGUGGAGUGUAAGCCAGAGCUGGGCUCCCGUCGACGAGGCUGAUCUCGACUCGAAGCUCUACGGGUGGUGGCUCAGAGGAGGAUGGUGGGGUACAAAAGACAACAGCGGCGAAUACCAACCACCCGUGUCUGGCGACGAAGACGGCGACGACGAUACCACCAGCGUUUUGUCCUUUAGUACCAACGAUGAGAGAGAAUGGGAGUCGGAAGGGGAUGGGCAAAGAACGCCUACGCAGUCCAGGUCCUGGGUGUCCCGGGAAGCUACACCAAUGCCCGAGGAUUCACUUCAAUUGUCGGACUUGGCACGCCUGCUGCAUCCCAGCAAUCCGGAGGAGAGAGAGGAGGCGUACGCCCUAGCUGCUCACCUGGGCAGCGACAGAAUCAUGACCCGAUCUCAGUAUCGCAGAUCACAGCAGCUACAGAGAACGAGGAUCCUACAACCAGCCGGGCGGACCAGCCGUGCCACGACGCGGCUGGCCAAGAUGACGCCGGACGAGGAGUCCCAACGCUUGGAGCAGUUGUUACUAUCUCGCCGCGCCCAAUCUACGCGCCCCGAGGACGGUGCAUCGACAUGGGCAGAGGGGGCUGCUGGCCUCGGACCGGAUGGCCCGCAAUGUGUUGUCUGCCAGAGUUCUCCUCGCACCAUUAUCGUGUGGCCUUGCCGCUGCCUGAGCUUGUGUGACGACUGUCGCGUGUCUUUGGCUAUGAACAACUUUGACAAGUGUGUCUGCUGUCGCAGAGAAGUCAUCAGUUUCAGCAGGAUUUAUGUCCCUUGA